AUGGCUUCCAACAGUGUUCACGUCACCAACAUCGCUUCCGCGACCAGCGAUAGCGAGAUCAAGGACUUCUUCAGCUUCUGCGGAAAGAUCACCGACAUCAAGGUUACAACUGAAGGCGAGACCAAAUCCGCCAACGUUAGCUUCGAGAAGGAGACUGCCGCCAAGACUGCCCUUCUCUUGAACAACACCCAGCUCGGUUCCAGCCACAUCUCCGUCACAAGCCCCACCGGCAGCGUUGAGGACGAUGGCUCGCAUUUCACCAAGAACGCAGACCGAGACUCGGACGAGAUCACUCAAGAAGAGAAGCCCCGCGCACGCAUUCUCGCCGAGUACCUCGCACAAGGCUACGUAGUCGGUGACGCCGCGAUCCAGCGCGCCCUUGAGCUCGACAACACCCACGGCGUUUCGAGCCGCUUCCUCAACACCAUCCAGACUCUGGACCAGAAGUACCACGCCACCGACCGCGCCAAGGCCACUGACCAGACCUACGGUCUCUCCAACAGGGCCAGCAACCUUUUCUUCGGCCUAAACUCGUACUUCGAGAAGGCCACCAACACCCCAACUGGCAAGAAGCUCGCCAAGUUCUACGAAGAUGGUCAGAAGCAGGUACAGGAGGUCCACACCGAGGCCAGGCGUCUAGCCGACCUGAAGAAGGACCAGCACGGCGGCAGUGCCUACAAGGCUUCCGGUCUCGAGAGGGUAUUCGGAAAGGAGAAGGAGCCCGAGGUGAAGCACGCUGACCCCGCGACCGCGCCCGCAGGGGACUUUGCCCCUCCUCCUACUGCCCCUCCUGCCACCGGCACCACAAACCCCACGCAGAUCAACCCCAACGACCCCAUUCCUCCGGUCAAGGCGACGGACGAGAAGACUUAUCUGGCGUAA